AGGCGUCCAUUUCUUCCCGGCCUCCCCUCUUUCUCGUUCAUCCCUUCUUCCCAAAAUUCGGUCUCUUUCUCCCCUGCCUGCUGUCCCAUCAUCGGCCCGCACUUGCAACGUCCUUUUUCUCACCUCACGUCCAUAGCUCUUAUACGCAACGCCGUUUCGAUCGCCGAUUUUUGAUCUCUUUGGACCUACAUCAUCCUCUUGUCUUGCUCUUCGGACCACCACGCCCUAUCCGCAAUCACCAUGGCGGCAAGACCGGGCAACAGGCCAGCUCAGGCCCCUCAGCCCUCGACUGCGCGCCAGAACGAAUACUUCGUGCCCCGCGACGGUAUCGACCGCGAAGUCAUCACCUCCGACAUUUGCAGGUACCUCGGAAACGAUGCACUUGUACGCCCUGGAACUUACGAGUCACCAGACGGCCGUGUGACCCAAGGCUACUUCAUCACCGCCUAUCGCAAUCUGACAUCGGCGAUGAUUCAAGACCUAAAGGCCGACUCUGCUCGAUGGGAGCAAGAGAGACGUGCUGCGUCCAGGUCAGGUGGUGGCACUGGAGGCCAGCGCGAGCAGAACCGUGGGUCCUCUGAUUACAGCACAUGGAAAAACCGCCAACGGGAACAAGAACACUACGAUGCCUACGCCAGGGACAAUGCCAUGGAUGUUGACUAUCCCCCACAGCCUAGCGCCCCCAAAAACCCGGUUUAUCCUCCGCCGAAUGCGUACCCAGGGCCGCCACAGCCAGGUCCUCCUACUUAUCCGCCCGUUUCGUAUACUCCCCAGGCUGCUGGCAUUCCAGCACAAUAUCCUCCCCAGGCGUACCCUCCUUACCCGACCAAUCCUCCCGCUCCGCAGUACUCGCCCGGACCCCCCAAUACCGGAGAUAGAUACCCUGGCAUGGCGGCCCCUCCUCCUAUGCCGGCUGGCGGCUAUGGACAAGUUGGACAGGAAGCUUCCUACGUGAUGGGCUCAGAUUACCGGACACAGCCGAAUUAUGUGACGUCGGAGCCUCCAAGGAUGCCGCCUCACCCUGCGAUCUCUUCUGCUGCCCCUGUUAGGCCAAUGUAUGCUCCCACCAAUGGCGCCCCUGGUUAUCCACCAGCCCCGGAUCAGUACUAUGGUGCGCCGAUUCCUGGAAGUUCGGCCACUCAGGCUUACUCAGCCGAUCCUCUGUAUGGCCGUGGUGGUGCGUAUAAUGUGGCAACAACGAACCCAGCGCAGGCUUCAUCUGAUAAUCUAGGCUCCCCCGCAGGUCCAACGCCAACACGGCAAGGGUACGGUCACAUCCCAGAGCCCCCGUUUGAUAACCAUCAGCCUCCUGUGCUCUCACAGGUCCCCACGUCAAACAGUAGUACACCAGCCCAAAUGGCAAACAGCGGGCCGUCACCUGCCCCACGCCGGAGUCCCGGUCGCGACUCGGAGCCCAGGGAACGAGAACGGGAACAACACCGCAAUCGCCGCCCGGAGCAGGAACGUGACGACAGAGAUCGUGCCAGGCACCGGCAAAUCCGCUAAUUGCUAGCGACACGCAGGUCUUUUUGACUUUGACGGCCCUAGACCUGCCCGUCGCAAGACGUUGGAGGUCUUAUGGGCUGUUAUUAAUGCUUUGCUAAUACCUCGGAACCCGGAGUUCUCUAUUAUUUCUGUUUCAUUGUCUCAUACCAGGAUCCCGGUUACUUUUCGGCCUGAUAAUGAUCUGAUCCACGGAUAGACCUAGGAGAAAAAAGAGGUGCGCGGAAACCUCGAGAGCUGCAAGUUGCAUCUCUGGAAGUUUGGAUCUUGACUCUGCUCCGGCGGCUCGACUUUGAUACAGCAACACCAUUCCCACGGUACUUGCAUCCCUGGAUUAUCGGCAUUUCUGUCCUUGGUUUUACCAGAACACGGAUUCUCUGGUGCCUACCAAACAUCUGGACUAUGGCACCUUGCAGACAGCUGCCGCAUUGGACGGUGGUGCUGUCGCUCGAGUUUACUCUUCGAUUAAUGUUACGGGUUGUGUGAUUUCUUUUUUUCUUUUCUUUUUUUUCUCUUUUUUUUUUUUCCUAAUUUCCUUUUCUGUUCUCGCUUCGAGGACGAUAUGGAGAGAUGCAUUAUACCACGGACCGGGAAACUUCACUGGAUUUGGGAAAAAAAUGAAGAGCGGCUCGAGGUUCUGGCGUCUUUGUGUGUAGUGGAUAUCGGCCUCUCCUUGCUGUCCGGAAUGGCUCUCGGGAUAACGUCCACGUCCUCCGCUCGAGGCGUUUGCGUUUAUACCUUGAAGCCAUUCCUCCCCGGGAUUAGGAGUCUUCCUCGCUAACAAUCUCCCGAGUCCUGAAAACGGAUUCGCCUCUUCACUGACCGGAAGAUUCAAGCCAUGGACGGACAGCAAGGUGAGUAAGCCUCUGGAAGAGUGUAUAUAUCAAUUGACCCCUCGGACCGAAAUACGGUACUCCAAUUUCUGCCCACGGCUUGCACUCUGAUUUGGACAGCCUCAUGUUCCGUUUCCAAGAUAACUAACUGGACACAGCUUGAAUCAAGGAAACAUUGUUCUUCUUUUUUCAUCUUUCUUGUCUUGGAACUUCCACUCGGAUCAACCAGAAUUGGCCGCAUACACUGGAUUUUCCGGGUUUUCAUUCGAGUCAUGGCGACCAAGCCCGCCCCGGAAUCGCCACUGGUUUGAUUUGGAACGGUGUUGCUGGUUUUGGCCCGACUGUUUUCGUGGACCUUCUGGAUUGCUUUUCGCUUUUGGCUUGCUAGAACGGUCUGGCUCAUAUUCUAACGCGUCUUGACUCGUCCCUGGAAUCAUGAGCUGUCUAAUGAGACGCUUAUUUACGGAUAUACAAGAGGUAUGUCGACAAAACACCACCAGAACCGCGGAUGGCCCAUCAAUGGAAUUGUGGCAACAACAACAACCGCCAAUGACAAUGGACCGACCAUGCCACGAUAUAGCGUUUCUCAACUCGACUGCCUAGAUGGAGUUCGCUAUCUCCGCCAAUACCAGUUCAAUGAUGGCUAUUCUCUCUUCAUUCCUGUUGACUCACUGGGAAACGGCAUUCAACCUUGUGCGCUGCAUAAACUGCGAAAAUGGCAUCGAACAUCAGUCGGCAGGCUUCACAAAGCUUCCUGGACCAGGAACACGAUGAUGUCCGUCUUGCAGCGCUCGACAGCUCUCUAGUUUGUUGCAUUUCUUCGGUACCACGGUAAUUGCCCAUGUCUUCAGGAGCCUUCGCGGGAAAAUGUGGUAUGGAAUCAGAGACGUAAUCCCGGGUUGCAUCUAGGUCCUUCGUUCACUGCCAGCUGGGUAGCCGGUUUGCAUUGUUACCACCACUGCACCAUCAUAAGAACAUUCAGCAGCCAGUCCCGACUGGUGCCGAUGGUCAUUUUUCGAAGCAACAAAUUGUGGUCAACCAUCACCAGUGCUCGCACACGUGAGAUGAGCAUCUCUAAGGGACGGUCAUCUGUUAGUCAAGCUUUUUCCUCUCGGCGUCAUCCCACCCACUCUCUUGCCUCUAUUCGUCCGAUGGGUACUGGUUCGGGUCCAUUCGGAAGGUGAGCCUAAGCUGACAAGCCCACACAGAGAUUGGGUUGAAAGAUUUCUUCUCACAUCAUACCUCUUGUGUUUGGCAUAUAGUUCGGGCGUACUGGUCUCAUAUCUGUCAUCUGAGGUCAAUGGUCAUAUGUAUCUGCUGUAUAAUCUAGCCGUUUGCGGUUCGGCAUUGGGAGGAAAGACUGAAUGAGGGCCGCACGACUUUGAUUAUCGAGUCUCAGGUAUAGUUUUGGAGCUUAUAUUGAGAGGUAGAAUCAAUGACGGGAUUCUCAAUUGUCUUUUGGGAAACACGUUUUACAGGCAGGUUCUAAGAGGUUCCCCUUUGAAAUGUAAACAUGGUCCUAUGUAAUAGAAAGCAGGGAGUCCGCUCGUGUCCGUGCUGCCCUCCU